AUGUCUGUCGAGGAAAAGCAAGCACGAUCAGUAUUUGUCGGUAACAUUCCACAUGGAACGUCGGAAGAUGAUAUGAAAGCGAUCUUUACAGUUAUCGGACCGGUUUUGUCGUUUCGAAUUGUGUUAGAUCGAGAAACUGGAAAUCCAAAAGGAUAUGGAUUCGCUGAAUACGCAGAUGCCGACAUGGCCCAGAGUGCGAUUCGAAAUUUGAAUGGUUUCGACUUUGCUGGUCGAUCGCUACGAGUCGAUAAAGCAUCAUCUCAAGCAGAUGAAUUACGUUUACUUCAUCAACAAACUGCUAUGGGCACAUCAACAUUUGAAACUGUUCAAAGUGCUAAUGUAACUCCAGACAAAGUCCCUGAAGUUAUUGCUCGAACCAUAGUCAAUCUUCCACCUGAGCAAGUCGUCGAUCUAAUGAAACAAAUGCAGACGAUCAUCAAAGAAUAUCCAACUGAAGCACGAAAUAUUCUCAUUCAACAUCCACAAUUAACGUAUGCCAUGCUACAAUCAUUGGUUGUCAUGGGUCUAAUUCCACCAAACGAAGCAACCAAUAUGCUUCACAAACGACCAGAUAGUUCAGCCAUCAAUCUUAUAAAUAAUUCGUCACCAGCAACAGCGGCGGCAACAGCACACAAUCUCGUCGGUGGCUUAUUGCCUAACCAUACAUUUCCAACGCCACCUAAUCUUGUUCCACAGCCACCCUUACCUAUCGUUCCACCGCCUCCAUUUCAUCCGCAAUUAGCAUCGAUGAAUUUUUCAAUGCCAACAGGUCCUUUAGGCCAGCCUAAUCCAAACCUCACGGGCAAUGCACCUCUAUCACGUACAGAUCAAGAGAAAGCUCAACUGUUGAUGCAAGUUCUUCAAUUAACUGAAGCGCAGAUUGCUCAACUACCUGCAGAUCAACGAGCAAGUAUUAUUCUCUUGCGAGAGCAAAUGCAACAGAGUGGAAUGAUUUCUCUUUGA